CUUNUACUGUUUGCCUUUUGCAUUUCAUCCCCACCAUAAAUUUGACAACCCCACUUGCAGAAAAAAAUGAAGAAAUAAAAAAAAAGGCUGAAGUUUAUUUGUGUGUGAAAUUCCUAGCGCUCGGCACCAACACGUGUUGUCAAGAACACUGCUUUCCGUUUUACUGUAGAUGACCCACCGCCUCUUAUUUAACCCCACAUUUCGUUUCGUCUCUCAUUUUUCAUUUUGCUACAAGAAGCUAAAUCCCUAACCUAAGUCUGAACAAAAUGAAUGGGUUUUUAGUACUUAUUUGAUAGUUUGAAAAAGGUUCCGACUUUGUAAGAAUUUCAGAGGAAAAAUGGUUGUCGGGAAGUCGCCGGAGUGGCUCCCGUCCGGUUUUACCGAGAAGGUGAAGUACAGAAAUGGGAGAAGGAUCAAGUAUUACUACAAUGAUGCAAUGGGUACAAAAUAUUAUUCCAAGAAAGAUGUCUUAAGUUGUGCUAAAGCAGGAAAUGGUCUCAUUGGUACACUUCAAAGUCAAACAUCAAAUGACAACGACAAGGGAAUUUUCUCAAGUGGCAAAGUUGAAGCUGAAUUGGACACAACAGAUGAUUCACCGAAAUGGUUGCCUAAUGGGUGGACAGUUGAGAAGAAAACACGAGAAAGGGGUUCAACAAAAGGAUCAAUGUACAAGGUAUAUACUGACGUGUCAACUGGAAGCAGAUUUUAUUCGAGGGCAGCUGUCACUCGAUACUUGAAUUCUCUAGAUCAUGCUGUGCCCAAGACCAUACAAAAUAAAUGUGACAGUGUGGAUGUAACAUCCUCAAGCAAGUCUCAACCGUGCACGUCCAUGACAAAUACAGACGACAUUCCUGAAGAGAAAAAGGAGAGCAUCACGAUGACUAAUAAGGUGGACGAAUCACUUACAAAUACAGAUGACAUUCAAGAAAAAGAAGAUGACAAUUCUUCUAAGACACUUGACAUAGUGGAUAAACCAUCUGCCCUAGUGUCUCAACUAAUGACAAGUCCCAGUCACACUCUUGGAAAGAAAAAGAAAUGCAGCUCAUUCAUACCGGUUGCCACUGAGAGGAUUGCAGCUGAUGACCUGCCUCCAGGCUGGAUAAAAGAAAUCGUAACAAGUAAAUCUGGGAGUAAAAUUAGAAAGGAUCCGUACUAUAUCGACCCAGUAAAUGGCUACGCGUUUCGUUCGAAACCAGAUGCCCUGCGGUACGUUAGCACCAAUGAUAUUCGUAAUUGUGCUAUCAAACCCAAAAAAAGGGAGUCGAGUGAGCUGAAUCUGAUAAAGAAUGGAGUCCAGUCUUCAAUUCCAGCUCACGAUAAAUUAUCGGAGCAAACGCGACAGCCUCUUGUCUGUGGAGAAUCAAAUCGAUAUGGAGAAAGCUCUGAUAUAAAACCUCCACUAAAUUCCGAAACCAAAUUAUCAAAACAAACGAUCAUCAACAACGAUGACUCUGCUGGUGAAGCCAAUUGCCUCGAACCAGAAAAUAAAGCCCCUGAAAACGAACCCGAGCAGCAGCCUCCCAAAUCCGAGACGAAGCAAAAAACCGAGAAAAAACCUCCUUCGAACUCGAAAAACCCCAAGAAAAGAAAAGAUCCAAUCUUUCCUUCACGGGCCUCGAAGAGACUCUCCGGCACUGUACUACCCGAGACACCACUCAAUUCAGUCUUGAACGAACGAUCUCUUAAGGCUGCAGCUAAAAGAAGACCUUCAACCACUGAAGAAGCUAAUAUAUCCCCAAAAUCUCCGGCUAAAGUAGUAGUAGUCCCUCCACCUCCGGAAAACGAGCUUUCCGGCAAGAAAACUCCAGAAGAAACUCAACCACCAAAUUUUGGUACGGAAAAUCCUGCAAACAAUGCCUCGAUUGGCCCAGAAGAGCAAACGGGUAACAACAACACGCUAGAAUCACAGCUCUGUUUCGAUUUUGGCGAUUCUUGGUCUGACCCGUUGGAAUUCGCGCUCAAGACUCUGAAGGGCGAAAUCUCGAUCGACGAUACUCUGGCUGCAUUCCCUGGCUGUUUCAACGAGAAUCUCAACGUGCCUUGUAACAACAAUAAUUAUAACAAUAACAAUCAGUUGGAUGGAAUCUUGGGACCACAACAGUCCCAUCAGCUCGACUUGCCCGAUAUUUUCGGAAAUGACGAAAAUGCCCCGGGGUGCGGAUCUUCUGGGAAGGAAAGUGGGCCCGACCCGUUGCAGGGGAAUUCGUCUGACUUGGGAAAUGUCGACUUGCCGCUGGGUUUUAGCUGGAACAAGGAUGGCCAUGAUAGAAAGUUUAAUAACCCUUAAGACAAGCGAAAAAAUUACAUGCACAUGACAACUGUAGUUUUUAAGAGGGAGUGUUUUGGUUUCUUGUUGACUUAGACAUUUUGUAUGGCUCCCCUUUUGUUUUUUUUUUUCCUACUUAGACUAUUGAUAAUGGAGGAGCAUUAGAUUAAGGUUUAGGAUGUUUGCUUCUCUGGAAUAUACUAUGUUUGAAAAGCUGUGAAAUCCAUCUUUGGUGUAAAAACUAAAGACAAUGUUGUGUUAUUUGCAGAUGGUGUGGGGAGCUUUUUUGCAUGGUUUCAUCUCAUAUGGACAACAAACCUUCUUUUUGUUUAAAUGUAUCCACCCUUUGAUUUUAGCGAAGCAUAUUUUAUGGAAUUUUAUUUGGAGAGCAAGUUAUUA